AUGUCCGGCGCCUCCGUCAAAGUGGCCGUAAGGGUUCGGCCUUUCAGCUCCCGGGAAAUCAGCCGGGACGCGAAAUGCGUCAUCCAGAUGCAAGGGAAAACCACCUGUAUCACCAAUCCCAAGCUGACAAAAGAUGCUCCCAAAAACUUCACCUUCGAUUAUUCCUACUGGUCCCACACCUCGGAGGAGGACUCCGCCUUCGCCUCCCAGCGGCAGGUGUACAAGGACAUUGGGGAGGAGAUGCUGCUUCACGCCUUCGAGGGCUACAAUGUCUGUAUCUUCGCCUACGGCCAGACCGGCGCCGGCAAGUCCUACACCAUGAUGGGCCGGCAGGAGCCGGGGCAGCAGGGCAUCAUCCCGCAGCUCUGUGAGGAUUUGUUCGCCCGGGUCACCGAGAGCCGCUCCCCCGACCUGUCCUACUCCGUGGAGGUGAGCUACAUGGAGAUCUACUGCGAGCGGGUGCGGGACCUGCUGAACCCCAAGAGCCGGGGGCACCUGCGGGUGCGGGAGCACCCCAUCAUGGGCCCCUACGUGGAGGACCUGUCCAAGCUGGCCGUCACCUCCUUCGCCGACAUCGCCGACCUCAUGGACUGCGGGAACAAGGCCAGGUGA